AUGGAUCCCGUCAUUAUAACGCCGGACGAUGUAGCUGAGGCGGUCCGAAGGGCCCCGAACUGGAAAAGUCCGGGGCUCGACGGGCUGCAUCACUACUGGCUGAAGGGGUUCGUGGUAUGUCACGCUGUGCUCGCCCGACAAUUUCAAGAGGCUCUCGACCAAAAGUCGCUCCCGAGCCUUUUCACUACUGGGAUCACUCAUUUGAUUCCUAAAGACCGGGAUACCAUAGACCCGAGCAAAUACCGCCCCAUCACGUGUCCACCCACGAUAUAUAAGACACUAACAUCCAUUUUGAGCGCGAGAAUCACUCGUCACCUGAACUCAAAUCAGGUGAUGUCGCGCGCUCAAAAUGGAUGUUGGGGCGGUGGUCGUGGAACCAAGGAACCACUCCUCAUUGACGCGGUCAUUGGCAAAGUGGUUAAACGCAACCGUCGGAACCUAUCCGCCGCCUGGAUAGACUACAAAAAGGCAUUCGACUUGGUGCCUCAUACAUGGCUGAGGAGGGUCCUCGAGCUGUACAAGGUUGACUGUACAGUUAGAGACUUCCUUGGGUAG